GAGAGAGAGAGACUUGUAAACAAACCAAGAUGAAGACUGGCCAGAUUGCGUCAUAGGAAGGACCUUCGCCUGUUAAGUCCAUUUUCCCUUCGUUUCCUAUGUGUUUAUGACCUCUAUGAUCCUUAGGGUGUCAUGGCGGGGGCGGCUGGCGGCGGCUGGGCUCAGAAGGACGGCUACACGGGCAACCUGGCUAACCGGACAACCAUACAACCGGGAACGCUCCACAGCCGCCAGGGAAAAACCGGCGGCUGUGGCGGCUGAGGGACCCUUGGCGGAGUACGACAACCGAGUGGCGGCUGGUGAGUUGGCGGAUGACGCACACCAGCGGAGAAUUCUCGGCGGCUUGGAGCGAUGUUUCCAAGAGGUGGCGGGGUACCCUGGGCCGCCACCACCCCCAGGGCUGCUCCGGCGGCUACUAGGAGGGGAGGGGAGCCGCCAGUCCGCCCCCCUGGGAGUGUACCUCUGGGGGGCGGUUGGGACGGGGAAGACUAUGCUAAUGGAUCUAUUCUUUGAGUGUGUGCGCGUCGAGCGAAAACGUCGUGUGCACUUUAACGCGUUCAUGCUUGACGUACAUGAGCGUAUUCACCGUGAGAAGGGCCGUGUGCACCGUAUACAUGCCCCAGACCAAGCCCGAUAUUUUGAGCCCGAUGGGACGUACACGGUCAGACUUAGACCCCAAGACCCGAUACCGCCCGUGGCAAGACAGGUCCUGGACGAGUCUUGGCUGAUAUGUUUUGACGAGUUUCAGGUCACCGACAUCGCCGACGCCAUGAUAUUGAAGCGGUUGUUCUCGGAGCUCUUCGCCGGCGGAGCGGUCAUCGUGGCAACCAGCAACCGUCAACCCGAUGACCUCUACAAGAACGGGUUACAGAGGUCACAUUUCCUUCCUUUUAUACCUAUUCUGAAGAGUCGCUCUGAGGUCAUGAACUUGGACUCAGGGAUCGACUAUCGCGUCAGAACCAAGUCCGGCGACCAGAAAGUGUUCUUUGUCAAGUCCGAGUGUGACGCGGAACUGGAGUCCAAGGUGCUCUUCAAGGUGUUGAGUGCGCAGGAAACAGACUCAGUGCGGCCGAGGACCCUGUCUUACGGGGGAAGGAACGUGACUUUUGAGAGGGCUUGUGGAGGAGUCCUGGACAGUACCUUUGAGGAGCUGUGUGACAGGCCCCUUGGAGCGGUUGACUACAUCCAGCUGUGUCGCACCUUUCACACCAUCUUCAUCCGUGACAUCCCAGUGCUCACCCAGCGCUCCAAGGGACAGGCUCGGCGCUUCAUCACUCUCAUCGACACACUGUACGACCAUAAGGCUCGUGUUGUGUGCACCAGCGAUGCCCCGCACUACCAGAUCUUCCAGGGUGAGUCCGGGCCCGCUGAGCACCCUGACAAGGACUCCCUCAACCUGAUGGACGACCUUGGGCUGAAGGGUGCAUCAGCAGAGACGCAGAACAUGUCUAUCUUCACUGGCGAGGAGGAGAUGUUUGCCUUCGAGAGGACAGUGUCGAGGCUUGCACAGAUGACCACGCCGGAGUACUGGAAGCUAUAUGACUCUGAGCAGCGGUGAGGGCGGAGGGCUUAGGGGAGACUUGCUGGGGUUUAAGGGGUGAUGAUUUAAGGUUAUGAGCUUAUUAAGAGAGGAGGAAUUGUGAGGGUUAAGGAAAACAAGGAAAACAAAGCUGGAAUUUUGCAAGGAAAGGAAUUAAGAUACAGAGAGAAGGGAGAUAGAAGGAAAGAAGUGGGGAGAGAAAG